AUUACGUAGCCAAAUCAUCGUUCUCUGGAUCGGAAGAUGAAGUGAAUAUAUGUAUGGCAACCCCCGCUAAGUGAAUAUGUGCCAAAAGAGACGAAAAUUGAAGCGGGGACGAUUGCCCUGUGCGAUGCCCGCCUAAUGCCAAUAAAAAAUAAACAAAUACGAGUGAUGAUAAAUGUUUUUAACGUGCGUAAUGUGUUUUUUUUUUCUUCGUGAUAAAGUGUUUGUUUACGUUUAAGAUCUAGACAGUGAAGCCAAACAAUUAGCAAAGAAGUAAAACAAAAGCAGGCCCUUCGUGUGCGAUUUUUCGCCCCCGAUAUCGUGAAAAGCUCUGAAGUCAUAAAUAUUGGGGCUAAUCAGAUGGCCAGAAAGCCAGCGCGCUAAUUGGCAGUGCUACUAUAUAAGUGAAAACGAAUCGGAUCGGGAACAAAAAAAUUAAAGUACGGCAAAAGCGAAACAAUAUGUUGAGACGACAUCUUUGCCGGCAAAAUAUGCUUAAAAGCGAAAACGAGAAAUAGAGUUCAGAACAGUUUUAGAGUCCCACCUUAGCAACAUGCAAAUCAGCAACAUGUUGCUGGGAUUCAGCCUCAUGUUGCUGGCGCUAUAUGUUCCUUGUGCCGAACCAAAAGUCGAGCACGAGUGCACCAGCAUUGAUAUCCGCAACGAGUGCAGCAAGAUGCACCUACUGGACAAUUGCACCGUUGUUAAUGGAUAUGUUUUAAUCACGCUGAUUCCCGCCGAUCAGCACUGCAACUUCUCGAAAUACUCCUUUCCAAGCCUCACCGAGAUCACCGAGUUCAUGAUCUUCACAGAGGUCCGCGGCCUGGUCAACAUCACGGAAAUGUUCCCGAAUCUAGCCAUAAUCCGAGGUCGCCGACUUUUCCUUAACUACGCCCUCGGAGUCACCAACAUGCACGACCUCGAAAAUUUAGCCUUCCCGCAAUUGAUCGCCAUACAGCGCGGCCAAGUCUACAUCGGCAAUUGCGCGAAGCUGUGCAAUCUCGACCGGGUUGAUUGGGAUUUGCUGACCCUCAGUAAAGGUGAGAACCACAUCUUACUCUCCGGUAAAAAAUGCAGCCCGCCCGUUUGCACGGGAUGCGCUUCAUCACACUGCUGGACCAAUCGUUACUGCCAGCGAUCUCUCAACGCGAACGUCGCGAACCCCAAGAGCAACAUUGACUCUUGUCACGAGGAUUGUUUUGGCGGUUGCAAGGGUAAGUCCGCUGCUAACUGCACUGUUUGCCGUGGACUCAGUGAUGCCGGUGUCUGCGUUAAAAGCUGUCCGAAAGGAAAGUACGUCAUGGAGCAUUACCAGCGAUGCUACACCAAGGAUGAGUGUGUGAAAAAACAUGGCUCCGUCAUCUACGGAUCGGAGUGCGUGGCCUUUUGCCCCAGUGGCUACAAGACUAACAACGAAUCCGAGUGUGUGCUCUGUGGUCCCGAAGAGGCUUGCGUUAGCUUUUGCACUCCGGAGCUUCCUGGGGAUACGUUCACCAUUAACAAUUUGGCCGAUGCCGAGAAGUUGCGUGGCUGCCAGAUUUUCAAUGGCAGCCUGGUCAUAACCAUUCGCAACAAGGUGAACGAGACACAGCUGCUCCAGAGCCUGACCAGCAUUCGCGAGGUUCGAGGGCACCUCAAAGUCUUUCGCUCCUCACAGCUACGCAGCUUGAAUUUCCUAAGCAACUUGGAGCGUAUUUACGGUGAUCCCCUGGAGAAUCGUCACUACUCCUUUAUAAUCUACGACAACAAGCAGCUGGCCGAGCUGUGGAAACCUUCCCGGCAACUAGAGUUCUUGGAGGGCGGCAUGUUUAUGCAUCGCAACAAUAGACUGUGCAACCGGCGAAUGCGGGAGUUCCAGGAUAGUGUAACCCAUGACAGAGCUCUGGACUCCCUGCAAACCAACGAUCAAGAAGUCCAGUGCAGUCCCUCUAAACUGAAGCUGAUUAUACAGAAACGCACCCAUCGGACUGUGAAGCUGAGCUGGCUGAAAUCCCAAACUAGCCAGAGGCUUGAAUUGAUCCACCGACCUUUGCCACAGGGAGUACUUUACCAUGAGGAGAGCGAACUGGAGGCGCCGGUGUGCACAAGAAUCCACUGGAAGCGUCGGUUACUUUUUCCCGACGAACUAAUCGAGAAUGGCACCCACUUUCUGUAUGAGUUGGAUAAUCUUGAGCCGGACACGCGAUACGCCUGCCUGCUACGAACUUUCGGCGAUGAAAUGGCUCAGGAGACGCGCAGCGAACUGAUCUACGUGCAAACGCAGAUGGAUGUACCGAAGCCACCGCUUUUGGAGCUGGUCAAGAAGACGGAUAGCUCGCUGACCGUGCGGAUGGCCAGUGAAGACCACGACAGCUAUUUGCUUACGGUCUUCGAACUGCCCGAUGAUCGUGAGCAUAUAGAGCAGCGAAACUACUGUCACCAGCCGUCGUAUAUGUUGCAGGACAUGGACGGCGAUCAGUGGCUUUCGUUCGAGGACUACGACGACUGCUGUUACCAUAAGGCGGAGCAAGCAGACGACCUCCGCUUCAUAGUGGAAAUGCGUGAGCAGUAUCGCUGCACUCUAGAUGAUCGAAAACAGUGUCGGCAACUUUCGGUGACGGAAGCCACUCUACCCCAGCUCCGGCUGGCGGGAAACACCACGGAAUACGAACUAAAGUCACUAAGUCGCUAUCGUUUGUAUGGACUUCAGCUGCAGGCUUGCAAUGUUUUGGGAUGCAGCAGCCACACAACGCUUUACACUCGCACGAACUUUACAAUGGGUGCUGAUCUGCUGACCGAUCUGCAUGCGUGCCACAUUCCUGAAACCCAAAUGUACAUCAUACGCUUCGAGAAGCCCCAGCAUCCGAAUGGCAUGGUGACUAACUUUGUGAUCCAUUACCGCAAUAACUACAACCAAAGUCAUGUGGGGUGUGUGACGAGGCAGGAGCAUGAAAAAGCCGGCAAUGUCUACCUGGAGCAGCUAAAUGUCACCUUCACCGAGUGCUCUGUGCGGGUUCAUUCUUUGGCAGGAGAUGUGAUGACAGCCUACAUCUCCGUAACUCAGUGCAGCGAAGAGGAAAAACGUCUGAUGGCCCACAGUCGGGCGGCCAAGGAACUGACCGACGAAAUUUCUGAAGUACCGGCCACAACGUCGCACGCCCGCGGAAUUAGCAUAUUUCUGAUAUGUUUUCUAGGCGGGUGCAGUGCAACACUAAUUUGGGUUGUCUACAAGCGACGCUGCUGGCGGAAACUGCCCGGCCUUCGGCGAUAUGUGCCCGUGCGGGAACAGUGGCUUCGGGAUCGGCAGCAAACCGAGGAUCGCGAAAUUCUCGUCGAUGGUUUCGAGACGGUGCGUUUUCAGAACAAUAACAACAGCCAUGCGGACGAUUAUCCUAUGUAAACGAUAAUAUAUGUAUGUAUGUGAACUUA